AUGUCUUCCCAUACCGUUCUUCGCCACACUACUCGCGAUUCUUGGAAAAACAUCCAACAAUUCGAUGAACCUCGUCCCACUGUUGGAAAGCAUGAAGUCCUUAUCAAAGUCCGUAGCGUUUCUCUCAACUACAGAGACAUUGCUAUCGCCAUUGGCAAGUACCCAUUUCCCGUGAAGGACAAUGUCGUUCCGGGAUCCGAUGCCUCGGGCGAUAUCGUCGAAGUUGGCGAAGGUGUCAAUGGACUUGCGCAAGGUGACAAAGUCGUAGCUGCCUUCGAUCCGGCAACUCUGUAUGGACCUAUGAAGUCCUGGUAUACCGGUCUAGGCGGCCCUACCGAUGGAGUUCUAAGGGAGUAUAUCACGAUUCCGGCCCAAAGCGUGGUGAAAAUCCCAGAGUCGUCUACUCUUAGCUAUGCCCAGUGGGCUAGUGUCGUCUGUACUGGUGUGACCGCUUGGAAUUCUCUCUAUGGAAACAUGCCAUUGAAGCCCGGUCAGACGGUUCUGUUUCAGGGUACGGGAGGAGUGUCUAUCACCGGCCUCGUGUUCGCUAAAGAAGCGGGUGCGACCACUAUCAUCACAUCCUCUUCCGAUGAGAAGUUGGCCUACGUGAAGGAGAAGUACGGAGUCGAUCACGUUAUUAACUACAAGAAAACGCCGGACUGGGCAGCUGAGGCUCAGAAGAUCACCGGUGGCCAGGGUGUUGAUUUCAUUCUCGAGAACGGUGGUUCUCGUACGAUCAAACAAUCUCUGGAAGCCAUCGCGUACGGCGGAAUUAUUUCUUGUAUCGGAAUCUUGUCUCUUGCCUCUCAAGACGAGAUGCCUGAUGUCGCCCUUCUUGCCUUGGGUAAAGGAGCGGUUGUUCGCGGUAUCAUGGUCGGGUCGAAGGAGAUGCUAGAAGAUGUGGUUCGCUUCAUCGGCAACCGAAACCUGCAGAUUCCGGUUGAAAAGGUUUUCAAAUUUGGCCGUGAUGAGUUUAUCAAGGCCCUCGAUUUCAUGACAAGCGGGCAGCAUAUUGGAAAGGUCUGCAUCGACUUUUAG